AUGAUUCCUCAAGCAGCAUUCCAUGAAUUUUUAGCGAAAACUCUCCGAAAAAUCACUGUUUUCGGCAGGAAUCCUGUCGGAAAAUGUCAAGAAUUUGGUCCUGGAAUCGUUUCCAUGCCGGAUUGUUCGACCUGGCAAACACUAUUAUCUUUAUUAGAUUCUGUUUAUUUAAUUACAUCUGAUCGAUUAGAAACAAGAAGAUUUAAUGCUGAUGAAUUAUAUUUAACUUUGCAGUUUUUUAACUUUAUAUCGAAACAAUUAAUUAUAUAUUAUAGAGAUAGAUGGUUUAGUAAAAUGAAAAAUUCAACUCAAUCGCCAACAUCUUUAUUUGUUGAUAAUACAAACAACUGUAGAUCGUCAUAUGUCAGUCAAUGUCGACAAAAUUAUAGUAAACCACUUAUACAUAUACUAGUCUUUGAAGGUACAACAUCACUCAUUUAUUUUGAUAUUGAAUUAUUUGAAGAAAUGGAUUCAUUAUCAUCAUCAUCAAAUAACAUUGAUUAA